AUGCACUACAUACUGGCAUUCUCACUACUGCUGCUACAGCAAACAGUAGCUCAGCUGUCUGGAAGUGUUGGUCCAUUAACAAGCGUGUCAAGCAAGAAAGCUACCAAGACUUGCAAUGUUCUCGACUAUGGCGCCAAAGCUGAUAAGGAAACUGAUCUUGGUCCCCCACUGACUGAUGCCUUUACGGCCUGUGCAUCGGGUGGUCUUGUUUACGUCCCCUCUGGUGACUACCUACUUAAUACUUGGGUAACUCUAAGUGGUGGUACGGCCUGGGCCCUCCAGAUUGAUGGAAUUAUUUACCGAGGAGGCACCAACGGAGGAAAUAUGAUAUAUAUCGAGCAUGCCAGCGACUUUGAACUGUUCUCUUCUACUUCAUCAGGCGCUCUCCAAGGUCUUGGAUAUGAAUUUCACGUCGAUGGAAAUAUUUCCGGUCCUAGAAUUCUGCGAUUGUAUAAAGUCACCGACUUCUCUGUCCAUGACCUCAUUCUUGUCGACUCUCCCAGUUUUCAUUUCAGCAUGGAUACCUGUGAGAAUGGAGAAGUUUAUAACAUGGCAAUCCGCGGUGCCAAUGAAGGCGGUCUGGAUGGAAUUGACGUCUGGAGCGACAACAUUUGGAUUCACGAUAUCGAAGUCACCAACAAAGACGAAUGCGUCACUGUCAAGAGCCCAGCACACAAUAUAUUGAUCGAAGACAUCUACUGUAACUGGAGUGGGGGAUGUGCCAUAGGCUCACUCGGAGCAGACACAGAUAUCAGUGAUAUUAUUUAUCGUUACAUUUACACCUGGUCUUCUAACCAGAUGAUGAUGAUAAAGUCAAACGGAGGAAGCGGUACACUCGAGAAUGCUGUGUUCCAGGACUUCAUCGGUCAUGGAAAUGCCUACUCACUCGAUUUCGACUCGUACUGGUCUUCUGAGUCAACUCAAACUGGCGAUGGAGUGACUUAUAAGAACAUCACAUUCACCAACUGGCACGGCACCGAAGCCAAUGGCGCCAAGCGCGGUCCCAUCCGCGUAAUAUGUCCUGAUGAGGUUCCUUGUACUGACAUCACCAUCAGUGACUGGGCUAUGUGGACUGAAUCCGGUGACUCGCAGACAUACACUUGCCGAAGUGCUUACGGAAGUGGCUUCUGCCUACGGGAUGAUUCUGGCGGCACAAGCUCGUAUACCACCACGUCUACAGCGACUGCUGCCCCCAGUGGGUAUUCCGCCGCGACUAUGGCUGCUGACCUGGCGGAUUCCUUCGGCACUACUGCUAGUAUCCCCAUUCCUGCCAUUCCUACCAGCUUCUUCCCAGGUCACACUCCUAUCAGCAAGUUGGCUGGAAGCUCUUAA